AGCGCGCACAGGCGCCGCCGAGGAGGCGCCGCCGGCCCCGGCGCUGCGUCUGGAGCCGUGGGGAGCGAGCCAUGCCCGGCGCCUGGCCGUAGCCGCCGGGCUCUCGAGGACCAUGCGGGCCCCCGGCCCCGCUCCGCCGAUCCGGCUGCUGCUGGCUCUCGCUGCGCUGCGCUGCUCAGUGACCGGGGACGGCGCUCAGAGGUUCUCCUCGCUGCCUGCCUACCUCCCCGCCGACUUGCGCGUCGCGGGCGCCGACGAGGCCUUCUUCCUGAAGGAAGCUGACCAGGACCUCACAAGGAACUCCAGCCUGCAGGCCCGGGCCGAGUCGCUGUUCAUCUACCGAGCCCGGGCGCCCCCAACCGUCAAUGCCAGCUACGGCCCGUUCUGGGCGGAGAAGGUGGUCCCUGCCGAGCUCCUGCUGACGUCUGCGCCCUUCGGGAGCCUGGAGAAGUUCCCCUUCAAUUGGAAGCUGAAGUCCCACAUCCUCGACAGCUCCAUCUACUCCAACAGGCCCAAGGUGCAGACCCUGUUCUACGUCAGCGGCAUGGGCUGGGACGACGGGGACCCCGGCGGCGGCGAGCAGCUCCCCUGUGUCAGGAUGUCCGCCUUCCCCGAGGCCAGGGAGGUGGCGGCCAGCUGCAGGUUGCAGGGCGCCCCGGGGCUGUGCGUGGCUGAGCUGGAGCUGCUGCCCGAGUGGUUCAGCUCGGGCCUGGACCUGGAGCCGCAGGAGGAGAUCCCGGCCCUGCUGGGGGGCACUGCCAUGGAGCUCUUCUUUUCCCUGUACCCGGCCGACGAGGCUGGCGAGUGCCCGCUGGAGGACCAGGGCAAGUGGGAGAACAACAUCCACGCGGGCCACGAGGGGCCCCUGCCCGCGGCCCCGGCCCGCGAGCGCAUCGGCAGUGUGGUGGUCUACCCCACGCAGGACGACCUGCGCUGGUCCCUGCUGAGCCUGGACGACAACGUUGCCCUCUCUGUCCCCCUGAACCUCAUCCGCGAAGGGGAUGCGGCCACCUUCCUGGUCUCCCUGGCUAGCGGCUCCGCAGCGGACCAGUUCACUCUUCGAAUCAAGGCGGCGGCAGGCGUGAAGAUCACAGCGGUGAGGGUCAGCAGCGAGGGCCAGUGGGCCGUGCAGGAGGAGAUCGACCACGGAGACACCCAGACCACAGCCGCCCUAGCCUGCGUGGGCCGCCACCCCGACACCCCGAGCAGGCCAAACGGCUCCUCCUAUGAGAUCUUGCAAGUGGACUUUGGGAUCGACAACAGCAGCGGCCUGGCGGGGGCUCAGCAGAUCACCUGGCAGGUAGAGUACCCAGCGGAGGACUCCGUGAGCCAGCUGGUCGUCUCCGAGAUCUUCGUCAGCCAGACGACCUUCGUGGGCAUCGUCCCCCUCGCGAUGGACACUGAAGUUUUGAACACUGCCAUUCUCACCGGAAAGCCCGUGUCCGUCCCUGUCAGGGUCGUCGGGGUCCAAGAGGACGGCUCUGUGGUGCACGUGUCGGAGUCUGUGGAGUGCAGGUCUGCGGACGAGGACGUAGUGAAGGUCUCCAACAACUGUGACUCCAUUUUCGUGAACGGGAAGGAGAUGAAGAGCAAAGUGGACACGGUCGUAAACUUUACCCACCAGCACUUCACCUCCCAGGUGGAGGUCACUGUUUGGGCGCCCCGGCUGCCCCUGCAGAUCGAAAUCUCCGACACAGAGCUGAGCCAGAUCAAGGGCUGGAGGAUCCCGGUGGCCUCCAACAGAAGGCCAACGCGGGAGAGCGAGGACGAGGAGGACGAGGAGCGCAAGGGCCGAGGCUGCUCCCUGCAGUACCAGCACGCCCUGGUGCGCGUCCUCACCCAGUUCGUGGCCGGGGCGCCAGACGCAGGCCAGCUGACCUACAUGCUGGGCCCUGACUGGCAGUUCGACAUCACCAACCUGGUCACCGAGUUCAUGAAGGUGGAGGAGCCGAAGAUCGCCGAGUUACAGGAUGGCAGGACGCUGGCCGGGCGGGAGCCAGGAAUAACCACCGUGCAGGUCCUCUCGCCGCUGUCGGACUCCAUCCUGGCUGAGAAGACCGUGCUGGUCCUGGAUGACCGGGUCACCAUCGCAGAGCUGGGCGUGCAGCUGGUGGCUGGCCUGUCUCUUUCCCUGCAGCCUCACAGAGCAGACAAGAGGGCUGUCGUCUCCACAGUGGCUGCCCAGGACGUCCUCCGAGCCCCACAGCAGGAAGCAAUAGUCAGUACGUGGCUGUUGUUCAGUGAUGGUUCGGUGACGCCACUAGACAUUUACGAUCCCAAGGAUUUUUCCAUAACCGUGUCAUCGCUGGAUGAAAUGGUGGUGUCCGUCCAGCCAAACCUUCGGUCCCAGUGGCCGGUCGUGGCUGCAGAGGGCCAAGGACAAGGGCCCCUGAUUAAGCUGGAGAUGAUGAUCAGUGAGCCUUGCCAGAAGACCAAGAGGAAGAGCAGUCUUGCUGUGGGCAAGGGAAACGUCAAGGUCAGGUUUGAGCCAAGUGUUGACGGGCACCAAGGAGGCAGCAACGACAUCGAGGGCGUGAGCCGAGAGUACAGAGACCACCUCAGUAACUCCAUAGAGCGGGCGGGAAACCAGGAGCGAGCCGUGCAGGAGUGGUUCCAACAUGGCGCACCCGCUGGCCAGGAGGAAAGGACCCGCGGAAGUGCAAGUCCGCAGCCUCCGGUGGGAAGAAAGGACGAGAAGGUUCUCAGAGGCAGAGGUGCAGACGCCUUCACCAGCUUCCCCACUCAAGGGAAGUCGCCCGACCCCAACAGCCCCAGCGACCUCGCGAUGAGCCCGAGGGGCCUCACGGACCUGGAGAUCGGCAUGUACGCCCUGCUCGGCGCCUUCUGCCUGGCCAUCCUGGUCUUCCUGAGCAACUGCGUGGCGUUCGCCUGGAGAUACAGACACAAGAGGUUCGCGGUGAGCGAGCAGGGCAGCAUCCCGCACUCCCACGACUGGGUGUGGCUGGGGAACGAGGUGGAGCUCCUGGAGAACCCGGGGGACGUGACGCUGCCCUCCGAGGACUGCACGGCCGCGCUCGAGCGGGGACUGCAGCUGGAGGAGAGGAACUUCCUGCUGAACGGCGGCUCCCUGAAGACUUUCCAUGGCCAGCUGCUCAGACCUCCCGACUGUGUCUAUGAGAAGGAGAUGAAGAACGAACCCGUGAGUUCUUCGGGCCCGAAGAGGAAGCGGGUGAAGUUUACUUCCUACACCACCAUCCUCCCCGAGGACGGCGGCCCCUACACCAACUCCAUCCUGUUCGACAGCGAUGACAACAUCAAGUGGGUCUGCCAGGAUAUGGGGCUGGGGGACUCGCAGGACUUUAGAGACUAUAUGGAAAGACUGCAGGACCAGAUGUGAGCUCCUUUUUUAUGUUUGUAUUCACCUUUAUGCCUUCUGUUUUCGGGACGGUGGAGCAGUGAAUCCGAUCAGCAAUAGGGAUGACUUAGCAGAGUUUACCUGGUGGAGGCCUGGCGGGAUGUCUACCUAGGCAGGCUUCGGAGGCCUGGGGGCACGGCUGCUGGGCUUUAACCAGAAAAUGCCUCUCACACAGCUGCACACAGGGCCUGGAGAAACCCUAAGAAAACGGUCUCUCUCCUGCCCGCUCCGAGCUCGGUGCACGUACAAUAAACCCGACCCCACAGACGAUGUGAGUCCUCUCACGGCAAACGGUAACUAGGAAGGAUCUGGGGGGUGACUUUUCUACUCUUAGACCUUUUAAAGCACAGUGGAUACUCAGAGCCCUUGGCCUGAGUCGAGACAUAUGUGAGAGAUAACUGAAUGUAGCUUCCUUGUUUGUUAGGUCGCUGCUCGUUAUUUUUUAUAUACAUUUGCACCCGCACCUGUUCCUUUCUCCUCUGGAUUUUCUUUCUUUUUUCUUUUUUUUGUUUUUUGUGAAAUGUGAAGCGAAGAAAUUUCAGUCUUCCCUUUGACAUCCUGUUUGAUUUUCACGCGUGUUUCACUCCCUGGGACGUGCCACACCCUUGUCACUUCCUGGGUGCCUGCAGGAUGUCAGGUUCGUCCAGCUGUCUGCACUGUGGAGGGGCGGAGUCUAAGAAGUUUCUUCUCACUUUGUGGUUCCUUUUUUGUUCAGCUUUCCUGAGUAAGACUGGGGUGGGGUUUACUUAAAGUGUUACUAUCCAGGGAGGGAGGGCCAUUUCUUUAUGGUUUUGUACAGGAAGCUUAAAACAUUUGGAGAAAAGUUGUGAAUCACAAACAUUUGUUUUUGUCAUCUGCUUGUUGAAAAUUCUGAGGAGCUCCUGGAGUGCAUUUCUGAGGACAGAAAGACCCCAACAUAGCUGUAUUUAUAGCCGUAUUCUUUGUGGUCAACAGUAUAUUAUCCAAGCUGACAUCUAAAAGUGGAAUUGAUCCUACACAGAAAGGAAAUUGCCUAGGAAAUAUCUUCAGACUAAACUUUCCAUUUUACCAGAACAAAAACAAUGUUUUAAUGGUGUCUAAAAAAUUAGCAAUAUAUAGAAAUCCAUCCAUACAGUGACCAAGAAAAACAAAUCUCAACCGUGACCCUGGCAGAGGUAAAACUUUUGCAGGUAUGCAUUGGUGGAGAAAAGCAGCAGGUUCCCCCCAAAUUCAUAAAAAUAAAUGGCUACUCCACAGCCUAAGAAGCUGGCCUUAUGAGCAAUCCACACCUAUGGAAAAAUGAAAGUGGUCAGAGAAUAAAAAAGAUUCCUGCAUAAUCUUAAAAUAAAGUUACUUAAGAACAUUGUGGAUGGCCACAGGCAGAGCAAGAUUUUCAAAUAAGCAAAAUGUGAGUUUUAUUUGUUAAGAUGGCAUGAGCGGAAAGCAGCGCACUGGCAUGCCCCAUCAUGAGUUAACCAAGCCAUUUGCAUCUGCAUAAAAUGGAAUUUUAAAGGCCCAAAGUAAGAAGGACACGCAUGAGGUCACCUGCAGCAGGUCCCUGGCUCCAAAAGGUUGGUGACCAAGCUAUUCAAGAGAGAGCUUGUCUUGUUCAAAUGUUCUCGUUUUAGAUUCCCAUAGGUGGGAACAUGGCAGUCAACCUCUCUGAGCUGUGAAGUAGCGGACAGGAAGUCUGCCUUGGCUUGCACUGCAGUGUGCGCACACGGGGCCGACUGCACAGGGGACCCGGGCCUGGGGUGCAGGAGCUGGGGUCCUGUGAGUGGGGCUUAGGGACCAAGGCUGGUGGGAUUGCAAGGAGCUUGAGUUUGCUGGAGAAUGGAGCAGGGGGUCCAGCAUCAGCGCCCAGGAGUUUACACACUGGUGUCCGGCCCCUCUGAGGAGGAGCCCCCAGUUAGCCAGCAGCCUUCGGAGAUGGCCGGGGAGGUGGUCCUAAGCCGGGCAGAAGAAAAGUGCACACACUGACUGACAUGUGGCUUUCCAGGUACGUGGGGCUCCUCUCAGAGGUAUUCUCAACACUGCCUCCCGUAGGGUCUUCAGUGUUCACGAGACCAUGGGGGCUCAUUCCCCAGUGUGAGGUGCCUCACUGAAUGGGGUCCCACUGGCACAGGGAGACUGGGGCAGUUGUGUAGCUAGUUUAGAAGGAAAUUACCAUUUCUGUGGUUGUGAGGUUCAGGAACCUACCCAGGGGUGCAUUUCCUGUGAGGGGAGAACCUGGCUGGGGGGGGGGGGGGGCGGCGGGUGUAGGGCUUGCUGCUCCCUGAGCCGGGAGCUGACCAUGGUCCUGAAGAUGCCCUCAGGGACCACGCACUCACCACCUCUGCGUCUGUGUUAGAACUCCGUCAGUUCAAAAGAAAAGUUAAGUGGGAGGUCGUGAUGGUUCCUUUCAUCACACAACAUUCACGUGUAAACACUCACUAUACACCUGAGUACUGAGGAGUCAGUGGGAGUCAGGAGUGGCUGUCGUCAUUCUCAGCUUGGCAUGGAUGUUUUUCAGUGUAAGAGAGUUUCACAGUUGCAUUUUGGUCUCCAAGUACUGCUUGAGAUCCUAAACCGUGGCUUGUAUCACCUUGUUUUCCAGCUAGUCAGUUACAGUUAUUAAGCACUAUGCUCAAAAAUAUCUAAACUAAACUGGAAGAAUGUAAGAUGCCAAGCCUGGAAGUCCAAUUUCCCAGAGGCCACGCAGUUUUCUUGGGUUCUCUAGGUUCGUAAGGCUGAAGUGUCCAAACUAUGGGUCGCAGUAAAUAACCUGAACCGAACAGGGGCUAUGAGGUCCCUUCCUUUCCCACGAGAGUGGCAUCUCAGAGGAGGAAGGAGAAAACCUUUCCAGGGGUACAGGCUGUGGACCCUGUGGUCGCACAGAGGAGGGUUGAGGCACAAGACAAAGAUUACAGGACCCAGAGCAGCAGAAGGCAGGCGACCACUGCUCCAGAGUCCAGAUGUGCUGUUGUUGGGACCAGGAAGCGGCGGGAUUUCCAUUUAUAAAUAUGAAGGGAGUGAACACAUGGAUUGAUUUUAGUCCAUCUGUAGACUAAUUUUUACCUUGCUAAUUUUAAGUUUUAGGAAAGCUAUCUUUGUACAUUUUGAUCAACAUUCUUGUUUCCUUUUUUAAGAAAGGGGUCAUUCCAAUGUUGGGAUGUUGGAAACACAGUAAAAAUUGUGUUUGCCAGUGAAGAACUUACAGUCCAAGAGCAAUGACCAGGGCAGGUGGUUUCAUCUGAAAUCAUACAUGUCAUUGGCACCUUGGAGGAUUCUACUCUAAUCCCCUGAAAAAGGGUCUCAAUUCUCCAUUUCCUCCUCUGUGAAUGAUGCCACAGCUGGUUUAUACACUCAGUAACCCAUUCCCCAAUAAACAUGAUCUGUGUGUAAUGUAAUGCUGAUCACCUGUUUUGUAAAUGGGCAGAGUGGGGGGUGGAGAAGUUAUGCUGAAAUAUGGAUAGCAGCUAUUUUUGUAUGUAAUAUAGGCAAUAUACUGAAACUCUGAGAGUUGUAUUGGAAUAAAUACCCUUUAAAAUAAAAGCAUGCAAAACUGUAGCUUUUAAAUGUACAGACAACCAGUUCAAAAAUAUUUAAACUGAUGGGAAAACCACUGAAGCCUGGCAUCGUGAAACUAGGGGCUGUGGCCUGGACAGUCUGCGGCUCACGUUGGGACGGUCGGUGGGAUCUGCCAGAACACUUUCACCUCCCCCUUCCUUCCUUUUGGAUUUUUCUUUCUUUCCCCUCCUGGAAAUCUUUCAGAACUAAAGUGACUUCAUUUUCCAGCAUAAACGUAUAUUCUAACCACAGGGUAACUCAUCCUUUUUAACAUGAAAAUAAACAUUUAAAUAUCCUU